AUGUCCAACCAUAACGGAAAACCAAGCAAUUCUUCUCUUCAGAACCCCUCACAAGCAAAUCUCUUCAUCACAGCAUCCCCAUCACUUACUACAGUAAUGAAGAUCAAUCCCGCCGACCCCAAUUAUUACCAAAAAAGACUGGAGCAGAUCCAUGAGAACCGCCGCCAGUUCGAAGCUCUCAAGUUCGAAAUGACCAAGUUUUGCUACACAGCCCAAGAGAGGCAAGCCAACACAAAGAUGUUGAUAGCAGCAAUUGCGGACUUAGAUCUUUUGGAGAGCACUACUGGAAUUAACAAGAGAAUGGUGCAGCGAUGGGCUGAGGCUAUGGCCAUACGUAAACAGAUCAGCGAGCUUGAAGAACGACAAAAUGACUUGUUGGAAGAGGUAAAUGAGCUCGGUGAUGCUCUUUUUCCGGAGCUCGAUCUCUCUAGUAGCAUGAGCUCAAAAAUCGAUGAACGAAAAAUGGAAAUCAAGCUCCUUGAAGCUCGAAUCAAGGAUUUGGAGGAGAAGGAAGAGACUUUGAUAUGUGAAGCUCAAAUGUUGGAACAGCUAUUCCAGGAUCUCAGUAAACAAUUGGGGAUAGUUGAAAGGUCUGAGGAGGCACAAAUGGAUGUGUCCAUGUUGAAAGGAGAUGAAGUCCAACACAAAAAUUGCAUCCAAUCGGCUUUCGAGAGCAUUGUCUCCAGAGUGAAGAAUCUCAGACAAGAUGACUCCUGA